GGCACUAACACACGAACAUAUGGAAGAACAAGCCAAUAUCAACGUGGUGGUUCGAGUCAGGCCCUUGCUUCCAAAAGAAGUCGAUAAGCAUGGUGCAGAUGUGGAAUCUCUUGUGGUGAUGCCGUUGGAGCCAAAAGGAUCGGUGCUUCUCAAGUCACCUUCUGCUGUUAAGCUGUAUGCAUUUGACGAUUCAGUGUGGUCCUUUGACAACCACGACAACCGGUUUGUAAACAACCGCAAGUUCUACCAGCAGACGGGUCCACUGUUGCUUGAACAUUGUUUUCAGGGAUUUAAUGUCUGUUUACUUGCAUAUGGUCAAACAGGUUCAGGUAAGACUUUCACUAUGAUGGGGGAAGAUGAUGAUGUGGGAUUUGUUCCACUUCUUGUACACGAUAUCUUGGCUUACAAGAACAGGCUCGUAGAUGACAAGGUGAAUUGCGAAGUCAGGCUUUCAUAUAUGGAAGUGUACAAUGAGACCGUCAGAGACCUACUUUAUCAAGAGAAAGAACCUAGGAAAUGGAAGGUCAGAGAACAUCCUGAAACAGGCCCGUAUGUUGAUUGUUUAAAAGAGUAUGAGAUCAACGAUUACGAAGCCUUCUGUAAUUUGUUGAAUAUAGGUAACCGCAAUAGAGUGACAGCCACCACCGCUAUGAAUAGCAGUAGUUCUCGGUCUCAUGCUAUAUUGAACUUGGUUUUGCGACAGACCCGAUUCGAUGGUGAGGAUGCCGAGAUUGGAUCAGCAGAGAACGAAGUGGUGUCUAACAUUAAGCUUGUGGACUUGGCUGGAUCCGAGAGACUCACAAAGACUCAAGUAUAUGGUCAACAGCAUAGGGUCAAAGAGGGUAGUCUCAUCAAUAAGUCUCUAACGGUAUUGGGACGGUGUAUCAACGUGCUUUCCAAAAACACAAUCACAAAUUCUUCGGACUUGGUACCGUAUCGUGACUCUGUAUUGACAUACCUUUUGAAGGAGAAUCUUGGAGGUAAUUCUAAGACCAUGAUGAUAUUUUGUAUUUCGCCUCUCGACUUUGAAGAGACCCAGCAAACGUUGAACUAUGCUACUCGUGUCAAGAAUAUCAAGACCAUCGCCAAGACUAACCAGAAGAAGCUUGUCAAGAUCAAUAUGGAUUGGGUACCCGGAGGUGCUGAUAAUCUGGUGAUUGAAAACCUACGGGAAGAAAUUGAACAGUUGUCAGCUGAGUUGAAACAUUCGAACCCUGGGAGACUCACUGCGAUGGUGAGCUACUUGGAGAAGGAAUUGAAAACUUGCAAGUUCGAAAACAAGUUUAUGAGCCAUAGAAUGAAGCAUCUUGAAGCCGAGCUUGAGGAAGUGAACAACCACAACCAUUACAUGAACCGAUCUUUACGAGAAAAUAUAGAGAAUCAGCACAAAGAGCAAACAAAGAUCAUAUCCGAGUCAGUGUCUUAUUUGCAGUUGGAGCUAGAGCGUCACCACCACGAGAUUCUGGCGUUUUUACAAGAUGCUCACCCAAGUACUUUAGUUUAAUUAUGGUCCGCGACAAAUGGCUGCAAAUAUUUGCAUGACGUCGAGACAGUUCCUCAAUGCAUCUGGAUCUUGUUUAUACUUGAGCUUGCUAUACUAUAUGUAUAUAUUAGCUUACAGUAAAACCACAAUGUUAAUACUGAUAUUAGACUACAUAAGUCAUCCUUGUGCUUCUGGCGGUAGCCACAUUCGUUGCUAUUCAUCCAACUCAUAUCAGUUAUUUACUGGUUGCGAGAAGGGUCUGACUCUGUAUCCUACACAGCUAUCUUCAAAUUGUUCUGAGUUCUAUAAGUCGUCCCUCAACACUCAAAACAAGCUCUUGAAAUGUGGGUGAGUCAGACUUGGGUUUGAAAUCUCGGGAUAUUUGAUCUAGAUAUAAUCCACAAUCUCGAAAGAUUCCAACAUCGGGCUCCUCUAGUCGUACCUUUCCAUACCUUUGUCCCACUCUACCAGUAAUAAGUUCAUCAGAGAAGGGAGGUUCUCUAUCAGUAAUAACUUCACCAGAGAAGGGGGUUUCUCUAUAUUUGUAAGACAAGGAGUAGAAGCAGAAAGAUGAGAAACUUUUACAAUCGGCAGAUUCCAGUCAUAUACGUUGCUGUAAGGGUGAUCUUCAACGCCGGCAGAUCAUACAAUGAUACUGGCUGGUUGGAGAUAUAAAAGAUACACGGAGCAGAAAUCACUUUUUGUGCUUCUUGGGAAACUAUACCUCCACAAUAACUUCCUCUGCUUCCCCUAAACACCUGGGGUGGUUUCUGACAACUGCCGAAGGAUUUCUGUUAUCAAUUGCAGGAGGAGCACCCAACUACCCUACAAUGCGUAUUAGUGGUUCUUGCGC